CUGGACCUUGCCUCGCUGCAAUCUGUCAGAGACCUGGCCAAAGAUGUCCAGGAGAAUGAGGAGCGCUUGGACAUCCUCAUAAACAACGCAGGUAUUAUGAUGUGUCCGAAGUGGGAGACUGAGGAUGGCUUUGAAAUGCAGUUUGGUGUCAACCACCUGGGACAUUUUCUCCUCACCAACUGUCUGCUUGACCUGCUGAAGAAGUCAACUCCAAGUCGAAUUGUUAUUGUUUCUAGUGUUGGACACCAGAGAGGUCGUAUACACUUUGAUGAUAUCAACCUUGAUAAAAGCUACAAUCCUGAAAAGAGCUACCGCCAAAGCAAGCUAGCCAAUAUUCUCUUCUGCAGAGAGCUGGCUGCAAGACUACAAGGCACCGGUGUGACGGUGUACAGUCUUCACCCAGGGGUCAUCCGCACAGAGUUAGGCCGACAUUUCAUCCCUACUGUACCUUUAUGGAAGAAGAUGAUAUUCUCGCCCGUUUUAUUGCUGAUCAAAAGUCCCUGGGAAGGAGCCCAAACCACCAUCUACUGCGCUGUGGAUGAGAGCCAGGCAAACACCAGCGGCCUCUACUACAGUGACUGUGCCCUCAAAAAGCCGGCACCAGAGGCCCUGGAUGAUGCUGCAGCCAAGAAGUUGUGGGACCUCAGUGCUUCCAUGGUUGGUCUGGCUUAAAUACAGCAGCCUGAUAUGCUUUCAUCAGCUGUUCCUCUGAAUGGAAUCAUCAGCCCUGUCUAUGUGUGUGAACCUGCUCUAAUCUCGUAGACCUGAAAGGUUUGCAGUAUAAAAAUUUGCACUAUUUCCUCUAUGGAUCAACUAAAGCUGUGUUUUCAGAGUCGAUACCAAUGUUGACGAAUAAUGAAAGACUGAUCACCAAUAUUUGAAAGUGACACUCUCCUCCGUUUUCUGACAGUUUGUCUCCUCUACUCCUAAAAUUAUGUCUUCUCUGUUUUAUAAAUAUUUCACUGUUUUAUCACUUUCAUUGCCCGGUAAGGCCAAGAUUUAUGAAAUAUAAAAGCAUUAUUAGGGUCCGACCACCCAAAGGGGGCAAAGACCCUUUUGGAACUGCUCGUUUUUUAUUAUUCUUCGCCAUAAAGAGAUGCGUUUUUGAGGCCCUAAAUGUACUUGCACAUGCACA